AUGGACACAAACAAACCACCGAAUUCCUCGAACACCCUACUGAUUUCUCCGAUCAAGUCAGACAAAGCUCAACAACAACAACAUCUGCAACAUUUGCAGCAGCAACAACAACACAACAUCCUGAGAAGAUUCAACAGCAACAACAACAACAUUGUUGCUGCAACAAAUCUGCCAUCGCCACCACCUUCACCUCCGUUCGACGAUGAAGCCAUCAACAAUUUCAAGCGCAACCUCAACAAAAUGAACAACAUCAACAACAAUAACAUUAACACAAAUAACAUCAGCAACGUUAACAACAACAUCAUCAAUCCUAACAUUAACAACAACUUCCAAAACAACACCAAUUACUCUACUCUAACUUUUAGAUCAAAAUACAACAACAACAACAACAUUUCCAACAACUUCAUUGAUGACUACAAUCAACAAUUUCGUCAACAGCACGUGAACAAUACUCGCAACAUCUUGUGCCCCAUCAUGACGUCACCUCAACAUUUUUAUAACGUGCAACAGAGACUAACAUUCAUACGUCCGCAGGUGAACGAGAAUCUCAACGAAAAUCAUUUUAUCGCAAGUCAAGUUCAAGGACGGCGUACCCUCGGCACUCGUUGCUAUGACAGUCUGCCACCUACUUCCGGUGCAGGGCCUAGCCUGUCGCAUAAAAUGGCUUGGAGGGCCGCCACAGGCCGUGGUUUACCUACCUCUGCUAUAGUUCAUAGUGUCGUCAGUUGA